GUUAAGAUUAAGAUUGUUCUUGUCGAAAUAAAUACCGAAUUAUUUUCCAGUUCUGGUGUUUUGCAACACAAGCACGAGCUUCUGCAGCGUGCCCGUUUCUAUAGCAACGAAUAACACACCGGCGCAAGCAAGUCAUGGUCCGCAUCAGUGAGGAUCUGAUCCGCCGCAGAGCAGAACACAAUAAUGGGGAGAUCUUCUCCCUGGAGGAGGUUUCCCUCCAUCAGCAGGACAUCGAGAGGAUCGAGCAUAUCGACAAGUGGUGCAGAGACCUCAAAAUCCUCUACUUACAGAACAACCUCAUCCCUAAGAUAGAAAAUGUGGGCAGACUAAAGAAGCUGGAGUAUCUAAAUCUGGCACUGAACAACAUAGAAGUCAUCGAGAAUUUAGAAGGCUGUGAGAGCUUACAGAAACUAGAUCUGACAGUGAACUUUGUGGGUAAGCUGAGCAGUGUGGAGUCUCUGAAGCAGAACCUUCAUCUCAGAGAGCUCUACCUGGUGGGAAACCCCUGUACUGAAUUUCACGGAUACAGACAGUAUGUGCUGGCAUGUCUGCCUCAACUACAGUGGUUGGAUGGGAAAGAAAUUGGGCGAGGUGAGCGUAUUCAGGCCCUGCAGGAACUGGAUGCAGUGAGGAGACAUGUUUUAGAACAGGAAGCGGAUUAUAUAGAGAAAAGAGAGGAACAGAAAAGGAGUGGUUUGAAGGAGACAACAGAAAAGCAGGAGGAUCCUCAAAUAAAUCAAUUGCUCUCUGAGAACCAGAAUGGGACCCAUCAGAAUCCAGAAUCAAGCUCCAAGGCUCACACAGACGCCGAGGAUAAAGAGAAGGAAUUUUGGGAAAAGCCGUGCCCAUUCACUCCAGAAUCCAGACUAGAGGCCCAUCGCCAUCUGGAGGACAAGAGGAGGGCCAAAGAGAAAGAGAGAGAGAAGCCUAAAAACAAAACCCUCAGAACUCUGAUCACUGCAGAUGGACGAGUGAUGAACGUCAAUGAGCCCAAGUUUGAUUUCAGUCUCACUGAGGAUGAGAACAACUGCAUGCUUUUGGAUUUACAUGUUUACAGGCAUAUGGACACCUCACUGCUGGAUGUGGAUGUUCAGCCAACAUAUGUGAGAGUGACCGUCAAAGGAAAGGUGUUCCAGCUGGUUUUGCCUGCAGAAGUGAAACCAGACAGCAGCACAGCACAGAGAUCCCAAACCACCGGCCACCUGCUCCUCAUCCUGCCUCUGGCACAUGGAGAGAUUAAACCGAAGAAACCCACUGCCAGGCCGACCAGUGUUACCAGUAAACAGAAUACCAAGAAAGAGACCAGGCCAGUGCCAGGGCGUGAAUUAUUGGAGGUGGAUCCCGGUCUGGCUGGGAGUCUGGCCAACAUUGUUCCCAAAGGAAAGGAGUCUUCCCACAAGCCCCUGCAGCUCUCGCAGCCUCACCAGCACUGUGGCGUCGAGGAGAGGCCUGUGUCAAAGGACUUCGUGGACGAUCCAGAAGUGCCUCCACUUAUGUGAACAAGACAGAGAGAGAGAAAAUAUGCUAUGAUAUGACACAGCAAGAGAGAAUAAGCAUAAUCACACUCUCUGCUGAGCUUGUGGAAGUGUGUGUGUGUGAUGAAAUAAUGUGAGAUAUAUUUAGUUCUCUUCAUUAGACGUAUUGUUAAGCAGAUGAGCAAAUGUCAGUCUCAUUAAAGCUUGCUGAAUAUUUCACUGCUGCACAUCUUUCACUUUCAGUGUGUUCUCUCUCUCUAUCGCACACACGCACACACAGAUAUUCAUUUAGUGACUUACAGUCAUGUCUGUCUGAUAUAAAGAGGCAGAGACAAAACUAAAUUGCUCCCAUUAUAAUCAAUGAAGCUGUCUGCAAUGGAAAUUCCUGUUUUUUUUUUUUUUUAUUCAGCUGAUAGACACUCUUUUUAUUUUUGAUGUGCUGCACAAAUUAUUUUUCCUUGAAAUGAUUUUAGUUAUGAAUAUCAUAUGUGUACAAUUUAUUGUUUUGAAUUUUAGUUGUUAUAUGUUCUACUUUUGAUGGUUCCAUCAAAGCCAGCUUGUGAUGUUUCUGGCCUCUGCCCUACUAUUUUAGAUCAUCAUUUGUUUCUACUACAAGUAGUCAUUAAAAUAAAAUUGUGUAAAAUUAUUUUGUCUUAUACAUAGUCACCUCCUUUAUUUCUGUAGUGCUUUAUGCAAUACAUAUUGUUUCAAAUCAGCUUCACAGUGAUAUUAAGAAUCAAUGGUGCAGUGGUUCUUCAAAUAUGAGACAAAUUCAAACUCUUAAAAAGUCAAUGGUGUAUUUUAUCAUACAGUUUUAUUAUAUUCUAUUAGAGUCCAAUAGCUGUGUAAAGUUAAUCAAUUGUGAAACAAGUUCAAUUCAGCUAUAAGCAGCUCUAUGGAAGGCAACACUAUCAGUUGAAUGUUAAUUCAGUUUAGUUCAAUAACAAGUGUCAAUGUUGCUAAAUUCAUUUAUCACCAUACAUGCCGCCUUGUAGACCUCUUUCAAAAACUAAAAUAAAAAAAUUAAUGGUCACUUGCA